AAAACCCUACAUUCCAUUUCAUGCCAAGAAAGAUUUCAAAAGGUUUGAAGUUAAAAACAACCCACCUUUGCCUUGUUGACUUAUUCUUAGCCUCUAUCCAUAUAGCCCUUCUUCAUCAUCAAAAAUUAUCUCAAAUCUAUAACAUUAUGUUUUUCCUUUCAAAUCAUUAAUUUGGUGUAAGUAACUAGUGCUAGUUCAAGUUUUAUAUCCAGUGCUCAAUUCAAUGGAGAAGAGCAAAUCUCUGCACAUAGUGCUGUUCCCAUGGCUUGCAAUGGGCCAUUUCAUCCCAUUCUUUCGUCUCUCCAAGCUUUUAGCUCUAAAGGGUCAUAAAAUCUCUUUCAUUUCAACCCCAAGAAACCUCUCUAAACUUCCCAAAAUCCCACCAAAUCUAUCUUCUCAGAUUUCCCUAAUCUCUUUCUCUUUGCCUACGGUUCCCAACUUACCAUCCCUCGCAGAGUCUUCCAUGGACAUUACUCAUAACCAGCAACAACCACUUAAACACGCCCUUGAUCUGCUACAACCACAACUAGCUUCCUUCCUUCAAUCCUCGAAACCUGAUUGGAUCAUUUACGACUACGCUUCUCAUUGGCUUCCCUCGGUUGCAUCUCAGCUAGGUAUCUCACGGGCUUUCUUCGCUGUUUUUACAGCUGCUUGCUUAUCUUUCAUGGGUUCACCGUCGACGUUGAUCGGCAGUGGUGAUGACGGUGAUGAUGCAAGAUCAACGGCUGAGGAUUUCACGACAAUCCCCAACUGGGUUCCUUUUGAAUCUAACUUAGCUUAUCGUUUGCAUGAAAUCACUAAAUAUAUUGAACGAACGGACGAGGAUAACUUUGGACCGCCCGACACUGUCCGGUUCGGUAUUACGAUUCAACAGAGUGAUGUUGUUAUCGUUAGAAGUUCUACCGAGUUUGAACCGGACUGGUUCAAUCUUCUAGGCGGGUUAUAUGAAAAACCGGUGAUACCGGUCGGGUUUUUACCGCCGAUACUGGAAGAAUCCGAUGAAAUCCAAGAUGAUGAAAAAUGGGCUGCUGUUAAAACGUGGUUAAACAAACAGAGAGUCAACUCAGUGGUUUACGUAGCGAUGGGGACUGAAGUUCAUUUAAGUAAAGAAGAACUCGGUGAGUUGGCUAUUGGGUUAGAGAAAUCAGGUUUACCCUUCAUUUGGGUAUUGAAGAACUCACCGGGGACAGGUGAGUCAGAGUUCGAGAUGUUACCUGAUGGGUUUAAGGAGCGAGUCAAAGGACGUGGGUUUCUUUACAUGGGAUGGGCUCCACAAGUGAAGAUACUGAGUCAAGACUCAAUAGGGGGAUUCUUGACUCACUGUGGUUGGAACUCAGUUAUAGAGGCAUUAGGUUUAGGGCGAGUUUUGGUAAUGCUUCCAAUGUUGAAUGACCAAGGAUUGAAUGCAAGGCUGUUGAAUGAAAAAAAAGUGGGGUUAGAGAUACCGAGAAACGAGUUGGAUGGGUGGUUUACAAGCGAGGCGGUGGCUGAGUCGGUUAGGUUGGCGGUGGUGGAGGAAUCGGGGAAGGUGUUGAGAGAAACAGCGAAAGCCAUGAAGGGGUAUUUUGGGGAUUUUGGGAAGAACGAUGGGUAUGUGGAUAAAUUUGUUAGUCAACUUGUGGAUUAUAGGAAAUGGGCAGGUGACAGCAACUGCUAGCUUUUUAUAUUUGAAUAAAUAUGAGAAUAUGUACCAAAUUAAUAAAAUCUAAAAAAAAAAGAGGGGAUUUCCGUCUUGAUUGCCUUCUUAA